AUGGCAGACACAACUGCGAAUCGAAAGCGCGGUCGAACUGAAGCUGAGGCUGAUGACAACGAGGCCUCUAAUAUCGAUCAAAUUAUUGCAGAGCAAGUCAUCAACCCAACCAAUGCCAAGCAGCCUUCCGCAAAGAAGGCCAGGGUAGAGGAGCGUCGAUCAAUCUUUGUCCGCUCUCUCCCACCCAGCGUCACCAACGAGGGAUUGGCUGAGUUCUUCUCCGAGUAUUUUCCUGUCAAACAUGCCACGGUCAUCACCGAUCCUAAAACAAAGGAGUCAAGAGGGUAUGGUUUUGUGACAUUCGCCGACGCCGAGGAUGCUUCUCAGGCGAAAACGGCUCUGGACAAGAAAUUAUGGGACGGGAGGAGCAUCAGAGUUGAUAUCGCUGAGCCACGCAGUCGAAACAAUGCUGGUGAAAGCAAGCCGACCAUACCUGGCAGGCCCACAUCGAGAAACGAGACUCAGAACGCAACGAAGCUGAUCGUCCGAAACCUUCCUUGGAGUGUCAAGACUUCCGAACAACUAUCGCACCUAUUCCGGAGUUUUGGCAAGGUCAAAUUUGCCGAUCUACCAAGCUCAAAGGGUAAACUCAAAGGUUUUGGUUUUGUGACACUUCGAGGCCGGAAGAAUGCCGAAAAGGCCUUAGAGACUAUCAAUGGGAAGGAAAUUGAUGGCAGGACCCUCGCUGUGGACUGGGCUGUUGAUAAAGCAACCUGGGAGGGUCAAAAUCAAAAGGACGAUGGCGAAAAAGGCAACAAGGAAGCAAAGGAGGAGGCUGAGACCAGCGAUGCUGCCAAGGAUGAGGACGAUGAUCAGACCGACUCAAAGAAGGAAGGUGUGGAUGCCGACCUCGCGAACUUUUUGAAGAACCACAUGCAGAAUAUGGAGGACGAAGACGACGAAGAUGAAGAAAAGAAUGACGAAGAUGAAGACGAACAGGAGGGCGAGGGCGAACAUUCCAAGUCAAAGGAGUCGCAAAAGUCAACCGACAACUCAUCUACUAUUUUCAUUCGAAACCUACCCUUCACAACAACUGAUGAACAACUGAAGGGCUUCUUCAUGCAUUUCGGCAAGGUCCGAUAUGCAAGAGUCGUCAUGGACAAAGCCACAGAUCGCCCCGCAGGCACAGGUUUUGUCUGUUUCUUCAAUGCGGAAGACGCCAAAACGUGCGUUAAGGGUGCUCCACGACCUCAACAACCCACUACUACAAAAGCCAAACAUUCCAUCUUACAAGACGAAAACGCCGAUCCGGAUGGCAAAUACACCCUGGAUGGCCGCCUGCUUCAAGUAGCACAGGCUGUGAGUAAGGAGACUGCGGCCAAUCUGGCAGAUAGCUCCUCGGUGAAGCGAAGAGAGAAAGACAAGCGCAGGCUUUUCCUACUCUCUGAAGGUUCCAUCGGGCGCAACUCCCCAAUCUUCAACUUGCUGAGCCAGCCUGAGCUUCAGAUGAGACAAGCCAGCGCGGCCCAGCGCAAGAAACUCGUGGAAAAGAACCCUAGCUUGCACAUCAGCUUGACUAGGCUGGCUAUCCGCAACAUUCCUCGCGACAUCGGGUCGAAGGAGCUGAAAGAUCUCGCCAGAAAGGCGAUUGUUGGGUUUGCGAAAGAUGUCAAGGAAGGUCGCCGACAACCUCUGUCCAAGGAAGAGAACGCAAGAGACGGAAAAGACGCCAAGGAAAAGGAGCGUGACCGUAAGCAAAAAGGAAAGGGCAUUGUUCGACAGGCAAAGAUUGUUUUCGAGAGCAACCAGGGUUCCAAGGUCGAUGAGAAGAGUGGGGCUGGAAAGAGCCGUGGCUACGGCUUUAUCGAGUAUACUUCCCAUCACUGGGCCCUGAUGGGGCUUCGUUAUCUCAACGGCAUGCAGCUGGAUGGUGAUAACAACAGAAAGCAAAGGCUUAUUGUUGAGUUUGCCAUUGAGAACGCGCAGGUGGUGCAAAGACGCCGCGUGAACGAGCAAAACACAACACAAGCUGCGCAGAAGCAACAUGCCAGUGGGAGGCCUAAACAAGAAAGCGGAAAGGAUGAGCAGGUCUCCAGGAUACUGAAGGAGAAUAAGAAGGCGAGAGGAAAGGAUGGCCAACGCCCAAGCAAAGGAAAGGGUAAGGGCAAGGGUAAGGAGGAAAUCGAGGACGAGGGCAAUGACAAGCCAGAUAUGAAACAAACGCUCAUUGCUAGGAAGCGGCUAAUGCGCAAGAAGAAGGCGCAGAGCAGGGGGAAAUAA